AUGCAACCCCUGAAUUCCUGUACAACUUGUCUUUCCGAAAACGCAGUUCAUCUAUGGAGUACCACCAAAGAGCUGAUCCAUAACGCCUUGCUUAUAACCACCAGACUGAUGAAAGAUGUUGCUGUUGCUGUUAGGCCGUAUUGCCUGGCUUACGCUGAUGUAAUCCGGACCAUGAUACUGUCCAGAUUUGGCACUCAUCAACUGGAGAACUCAGAGUUCAGCGAUGACGACUUUGAAAUUAUAUGCUUAGGGUCGAUACCGAAAAUGUAGACGUAUGGUAGUGAGAUCGCCAGAUGUGAAGUAGCAAUGACGAUUUCAUCUUGAAGGGGAUAAGCAGUAAGAGUGUGAAUCAUUUGUCCCACUGCAAUACAUUAUAUGA